AUGUCUCAGGUUGUGCUUGUCACCGGUGCCAGUGGCCUCUUAGGCCGCCAGGUGUUCAACACCUUCAAACGCUCCUCCUGCCUGGUGAUCGGCCAGGGAUACUCGCGAGCCACCCCGCCGACGAUCCUCAAGGCGGAUUUGGAGAAGCCGGAUGAAAUCGAAGCUCUGGUGGACGAAGUGAAGCCAAGUAUUAUUGUUCACUGCGCGGCGAACCGGUCACCCGACUCCUGCGAUGCAAACCCCGAGCAAGCACGCCAGGUCAACGUGGAGGCCACCCGGACAUUGGCACGGGCGGCCUCUACACGCGGGGCGCUGCUCAUCUACAUCUCGACCGACUACGUGUUCCCCGGGACAGAAGGACAGGCGCCGUACGAGGCCGACGCGGCGACCAACCCACCGAACACGUACGGCCAGUUCAAGCGGGACGGCGAGGUUGCCGUGUUGGAAGAGACGCGCGAGACCGGUCUGGGGAUCGUGCUGCGGGUACCUGUGCUGUACGGCUCUGCAAAGAGCAACGCCGAGAGUGCAGUGAACGUGCUGGUCGACGCGGUCUGGAAGUCCCAAGGGGAAGGGGAAGUCGUCAUGGACGACUGGGCGAUCCGCUACCCGACCAACACAGAGGAUGUGGCGCGUGUGUGCCGUGACAUCGUCAUCAAGUACCUACAGAACCGGACGCGGAUGCGUGAAAUGCCGCAUAUCCUACAGUUCUCGUCCGAGGACCGGAUGACCAAGUACGAGAUCUGUGAGAAGCUGGCGGGCGUGCUUGGGUUGCCGCUCACGGCCAUGAAACGCAACUCGCAGGGCAACGAUCCCAACGCCGCCGUCCAACGGCCGUACGACUGCCAUCUGUCUACGCGUGAGCUGCAGAAACUGGAAAUUGACGUCUCGACCAUUGACUUUGUGGCCUGGUGGCGCAGGGAACUGAAGGCGUUUAAAAAAUAAUUAAACAGACAAGGCAAAUAAGUACAGAAUGGUGGAAUGAAUCUUCUGUCCAGAUUGAUCUCUAUAAUAAGACCAGCGCUAUUAGUUAAUAGACGUGGUGGGUACACUAUUAUUGAUUGGUAUGUUGAUCAGUUCUCGCAGUAAAUCAUACAUGCUCUGUAGACUCAUGAUAUUAGUAUUUAC